AUGAAGCUGCAAAUUCUUACUCUGACGGUGAUGUCACUGGUAGUGUUUAUGCUUUAUUGUCACGACUAUUUUGGGCUAGCGUUUUCGGUGUCGCUGCCCGUUAUUGCCACGUCAAAAUAUUACGGUGUUGGACCAGAGCAACGCCUUAUAUUUGUCGGCGAUGUACAUGGCAUGUAUGAUAAGUUCAUGUUGUUGCUAAAACAAGUGAAGCCGGAUGAUCGGACAACCGUAGUGCUGCUAGGUGAUUUUCUUUCCAAAGGACCUGAUUCAGCCAAAAUCGCUCGAUACCUUCUCCGGAACAAAGACAGGAUACAGUGCGUUUUAGGAAAUCACGAGCUAGCAAUCCUGUUCGCCCUUCUGAAUCCAAAAAAGGCGCGGAAGUUCAAGCCAAAGCGCAAGAUGGACCCUGGUGAUUUCUCCAAAUGGAAGCGGAUCUCCUUCGUGACGGAGGAUUACAUUCCACAGGAGACCAAAAUCAAAAAGAUGCACAUGCGCCUUGCACGACAGCUGGGCCCUGAUGUGCUGGACCGGAUAGCGGAUCAUUGCUCCGCUGCAGCGUAUUUCAAUCUUACAGCCACCAAUGAGACCCUUAUAGGUGUUCAUGCAGGCAUCUUGCCGAACGGAUUUGAACAUUUCAAAAUUGCAGACUUGACUAUGAUGAAGUUCGUCGAUGCUGAUAAUUGGAACCACACAUCCAAGAACAGGUUUGACAACGCCAUAUGGUGGCACGACCUUUGGAACUCGGUCCACGACUACGAAGAUACUACCGUUUUGUAUGGCCAUGCAUCCAGUGCUGGGUUAACUCUCAGACGUCGUACCAAGGGCUUAGACGUCGGCUGUGUGAACGGGGGCUCAUUGGCAGCCUUGGAGUAUACUUUUGACGACACAAAGAAAAUCUACAAUACAAACCUAUAUCAGGUGCCAUGUAAAUAA